UUUCACAUUGGACAGACAACAAAGCUUUUGUUACUUUGUCCCAAAUGGAGGGUCCUUAGCUCUCUCUCUCUCUCUCUCUCUCUCUCUCUCUCUCUCUCUCUAAAACUCAAUCUUCUUCUUCUUCUUCCUCAGUUACAUCACUCCAAGCUUUACAGAGGUGUUAAGGUUGUGUCUGAAUGUUGAUGUCUCCACCGCUGCGUGGUGUGGCGGAGGAGGAGAAGGCCCAGAGCAAUAAUAAUGCAACAUCUCUGCUCGUGUCUUCUGCUUCCAUGGAUAACAAGAUCUCUGAGCUGAAAGAGAGAAACUAUAUGUCUCUGUCUGAAUCUUCUCCAGGUGACGAAAGCAACAACUCGGGAGUUUCAAUUAUUACAGAUGAAAUCAAGAUCAGUCUUAAGGAAACCGAGCUGAGACUCGGUCUCCCGGGUUCACAGCCACUCCAAAGAGAGCCAAGUCCGUCAUUGUUGGACGAGAAGCCUCUCUUCCCGUUGCAUCCUACGGGCGACGAUCACUGCACGUCGCUGAAGAAUGUCGUUUUCGGAAACAAAAGAGGGUUUUCUGAUGCUAUGGAGGUUUCCGCAGGGUAAGUUAUCGCCAAGACCUACCGGUAACUUGGGACUCAAGGCAGGUUCUGUUCUCGAGAACCUCGGUGGGCAACCAAGCGAAGGGAAAGCAUUGGCAGCUCAGAAAAUUCAUCAGGACGAGCCUCAUCCCGUGAAUGAGACCGGACCUAAUCAUAACAAUGCCGGUGACAACAAUAUCGGUGCCCCUGCGAGCAAGGUUCAAGUCGUGGGAUGGCCGCCGAUCAGAUCGUUCAGGAAGAACUCGCUUGCGGGUAAUUCAAAGAACGGGGAUGAGCCCGAGGGGAAAUCAGGGGCCGGAGCUCUAUAUGUCAAAGUCAGCAUGGACGGAGCACCUUACCUGAGGAAAACCGACCUCAAGAACUACGGAAAAUACCAAGAACUUUCGUCGGGUCUAGAGAAAAUGUUCAGCUGUUUCACAAUUGGUCAAUUUGGAUCUCACGAAACAUCUGGAAAGGGUGCGAUAAACGAGGGCAACCUGAAAGAUCUGCUGCAUGGGUCGGAAUACGUUCUUACGUACGAGGAUAAAGAUGGAGACUGGAUGCUUGUCGGUGAUGUGCCUUGGAAGAUGUUCAUCGACACUUGCAAGAGACUCCGAAUCAUGAAGAGUUCUGAUGCCAUUGGCCUUGCUCCGAGGGCCAUGGAGAAAUGCAGAAGCAGGAACUAAACCUGGUGCACUGUGAUCCUCUGUUCGCCCAACGACGGAUUCGUUCAGAAAUUUCUCGGUCCGGACAGAAGAUCUAACCUCUUGCGUCGGAUUUCUAUCAUUCUAUAAAAAGAAAAUACUAAUUUGGUAUGUAGAAGUAAGUGUGUUCAUCAUCCCAAAAAAAAAAAAAAACAGAGAGACCGAACAUGGGUUCAUGUAAAGUGUGUUUCAGCUUUUGCCGUGAACAUAUAAAUUUGUUACUCGUUUGCAUUCGGGCAAUCUUCACA